CUCUCCUCCGACCGAAAACAUUUGAGAACCCAGAAAAUCCCAACCUAAUCUCCGAUAACAACGACACCACCCACCAAACAAAUCAGGAUAACAGCAAAACAGCCAUGUGCGGAAUCUUCGGUAUCUACAACUUCUCGGGGCAACCUAAUGACGUCCGUUACAAAGCAUUGGCUCUAUCAAAGAAGUUGAGACAUCGUGGUCCCGAUUGGUCAGGAUGCUUCAUGACUGGGAGCUCUGUUUUGGUCCAUGAGAGGUUGGCAAUCGUUGGAUUGGAUACCGGUGAACAACCCUUGUUGACGGAGGAUCGCAAGACGGCCUUAUGUGUCAACGGCGAAAUCUACAAUCAUAAAGCGUUGGCCAAGAAGUUGCAGAUUCCGUUGAAAGUCAAGCCCAAAUCGGACUGUGAGAUCAUCCUCCACUUGUACAGAGAAUAUGGGACAGAUCUUUGUAACAUGUUGGAUGGGAUGUUUUCAUUUAUUUUACUCGACGAUACCCAAACGCCACCCCGUCUGAUUGUUGCUCGGGACCCAAUUGGAAUUACGACUCUAUACUAUGGUACAUCGAGCAGUCAUCCGGAGACCAUGUACAUCGCCUCGGAACUGAAAUCGAUCCAUGAAGAUUGCGAUAACGUCCACGCAUUCCCGCCUGGACACUUCUACGAUUCCAGUCUUCCAGCAGACAGCCGUUUUACUCGUUACUACAAUCCAGAUUGGCUGCAUGCUGACGCGGACGCGGGCCUUCUCAGCCGAACCAAGCCAGUCGAUCUUACCCUUAUCCGGUCCACUCUCGAGGCUGCCGUCAGAAAACGGCUGAUGAGCGAGGUGCCUUUCGGUGUUCUCCUGAGUGGGGGACUGGACAGCAGUUUGAUUGCAGCGAUUGCCACGCGCGAGAUCCAACGGAUCAAUGAGGCGUAUGCCGUGCAAAUCGGCAAGGGCUCAUCGCCUGUUGUACCCAAAAAUCAAGCGAUAUCCUCCGGGUUGAACUCGGACGGAUCACUUGCUAGCAGCUUGCCAGGUGUCGAGGAGGAAGUCACGGUCGAUUCAGAGUCUAGCCUUGCAUCCUGGCCCCGAUUGCACUCCUUUUCUAUCGGCCUGAAGGACGCUCCUGAUCUCAUCGCCGCUCGUCAGGCCGCCGAAUUCCUACACACCCUUCAUCACGAGUUCACUUUCACCGUCCAGGAGGGUCUGGAUGCUAUCCCUGAUGUGAUCUACCACCUAGAAACGUACGAUGUCACCACCGUCCGAGCAUCCACACCGAUGUAUCUCCUCUCUCGAAAGAUCAAAGCCACCGGUGUCAAGAUGGUUUUAUCCGGAGAAGGAUCUGACGAAAUCUUUGGCGGAUACCUUUACUUCAGUCAAGCACCCGAUAAACUCAGCUUUUAUCAAGAGACUAUCAAGCGUGUUAAAAACCUGCACACUUCAGACUGUCUACGUGCUAACAAAUCUACGAUGGCCUGGGGCUUGGAGGCUCGUGUCCCAUUCUUGGACAAGGAAUUCCUUUCACUUUGUUUGAACAUCAGGCCAGAAGACAAGAUGUUCGGCAAAGGUGCUCAGCAAUCUGUAGACUCUGAUGGCAAACCAAUCAUGGAAAAGUACAUUCUGCGCAAGGCAUUUGACUGUUCGCCGGACGGGAAGCCGUAUCUUCCGGAAACGAUCCUCUGGAGACAAAAGGAACAAUUUUCGGAUGGAGUUGGCUAUUCUUGGAUAGAUGGACUCAAAGAGCAUGCCGAAAAAUUGAUUACCGAUGAACAGUUAUCGUCGGCCCAUAGCAGGUGGACUCUCGAUACCCCUACGACCAAAGAAGCAUAUCUCAUCCGCCAGAUCUUUGAAAAACAUUUCCCAUCAGAAUCUGCCGCCAAGACCUCGGUCCGCUGGAUCCCCAGGACCGAUUGGGGGUGCGACACUGAUCCCAGCGGGAGAAGCGUGAAAAUCCACACAUCUGCUUAUUGAAAAACUUGCUUGACGUACAUAGGAAUCUGUUCUCAAAUAUGUCCAUCCACUGCAUGUCUAUUGAAUCGAAUAUUCGGAAAAAUGAAUCACAUCUUCUUGCAAUCUGAUGCCCACAGUAUAUCAAUCUAUCUUACUCAAAGGGGUUGUGGCUGGACGGGACCCUUUCAAUUAGAUUAAACCGCCACUGAUCUAAUGUCUUCCAAGAAACUAUGAUCUCUUUUACUCAUGAAUUGUGAGAGAAAAAGAUUAGAGGGUUGUGGGUAAUGUUGUUGGGUGGCGUGGCUUCACUGUUCCACUUUCGAUUCGCACAUGGCACUCAGCAUGGCUGCUUUUGACAUAUG